GUUCGCGCGAGUGAAACAAAGAUAUCGGCAUGCUCGCACAGGCAGAGCGCCUCAGCCCACGCAGCGGCAUGUUCGUUACCUUGAUCCAGGCUUUGCUUUAGACAAGUGGUUUGCUUAGCAAGAACUGCUUUUAUGGGCAGCUGUUUCAAAAAGUCAUGAAAAGGAAAACUGUGGCUACUUGAAAGGCUUUCAUAUCAAUCUUAUUAUAUGCAAGACUUCCAAACAUCUUCAAACUGUGGUGCAUUAGUGUGUAUAGAAUUGAAGUAGCUACUGAAAGAGUACAGCAAAACAAGAAAACAUCAUCAUGGUUAUUAUCACUCAGGAAAAAUUAAGAGAGAUUGAAAGGAAACUUUCAUCAUUACUUUCUCCAUAUGGCUUUGAGUGUCAUCCUUUUAAAAUUGGCUGGUACAAUGAGCAGGUCUCAAAGUCUUUUCUCCUACCAUACAGUGAUGACACAGUAGCAUUCAUCAUCAUCAGCACACCAAGCAUGUUUGAGAAAGCUUUCAUUCCAUAUCUAGCUUCAGCUGACUGCAUAAGAAUGAAACAGGACCCUAUUGACCAGUGCAUGAUGCAUUACUUUGCUGCAAUUAAAGCAGAGUAUGCAGACCUUGAAAUUGAGACAAUUCAUGAUUUUCAAACAACACCAAGUAAACGACCUAGAGUUUUGGUCCAGACUGCUGGCCAUGUUUCUGGGGCAGUGAGAUACUAUCAGCGGAAAGACUUGUUGAAUGAUCCUUGGUGUUCUGAGAGAAAAAUUUUUGGUGUUUGUCUGCACCCUGAAUUUGGAGGAUGGUUCGCUCUCCGAGGUGUUGCUAUCUUCACAAGUAUCAACUGCCCAGACUUGCAAAGAAAAUCCCCAAGGGAAAUACUAACAACAGAAAAUGAAGUGGCAGAGCUUUUGCAGCGAUACAACGACCACUGGGAGGACUGGUCUUUUAGGGACAUCAUUGUCCCGAAAGACCGAUACUCAAAGGACCAGAGGGAAUAUUUUGCUACCAAGCCAGCAGACAGACUACCACUGAUUAAGAAACUUGUGGCUAGCAACUAAGAAAGUAGCUGAAGAUUAAGAUGCAGUAUAAAUGAAUACAUACAAUAGUUUAUAGAUUGAAGAUCAAUGGUUUCAAUCACUUAGUUUUGCAUAUGCAUAAUCAAGAAUUCCAACCUACAGUGUGAUGAUAUCUAUAGUCCUGCUCGUCUAAGAAUGUGGAUUGGGUGCGGCCCCCAUGGGAAAUAGCGGGAGGACAGCGCUGCCAUACCUUUAAUCCCUCGUUGGCUACACCCCCUCUCUCCCUCUUCCUCCCUCUCUCUUACCCCUCCCUCUUCCU